CGACAUAUUUCGUCUUAUUCAGAAUCAUAAACAUAUCCCCUCCCUAAUUCGACUCGAUAAUCGAAAUUACGACGCAGGGCUUCAUUAUACUGUCGAUAUUUGAUGUGUUCAGACGUAUCAUUCUUUCUCUAAAUUAUUAGUUGAUUGCUGAUCUAAUUUUAGAGCGAUUCAAAAAAUUCCAAUAUGGACGCCAUUACCACUUUUCAUAAAGAAACGAAAAUUUUUAUGACUACGCGCAAUGUGGUCAAUAGAAUCAGUGUUUGCUGCAUAAAUAGUGUUUUUAAUGUUUCUCAGAAUACAAUUACUUUAAUUAAAUUUAAUUAUAUUUAAUUGUGAAAGUAAAGUCAGUGUUUGUUAGUUUUAAUAUAAAUGGACGCAUUAUUAGUCUGUUUUUUUCUUUUAUUUUUAAACAUUUCUUUUCGGUGUAUGCUAAAAUCAGUGAACAGUAGAUGAUUAUUUAUCACGUGAAGAUGUAACUAUUUAUUCUAAUUUUUAUUCUUGUAUUGAAAUUAAAUUAUUAGAUAUUUCUUAUUUUUAAAUUUAAAAUUUUCUUUAUUAUUAUACAUAAACGGGAUACUUUUCCUAGUAUAGGCUUUUUGCGUGUUAUGCGUGAGAAUCGUAGAAUGAAUGUCGUUAGUAUACCUGCCGUUUUAGUUUUGCCAUUUUUUAAAUAUAGGGUUAAGUAGGAUAAAAUAUACUUGUGGUGUGCCUGUUAAUUAUAAGUAGAUAGCAGUCUUCGAUAGGAUAGGCGCGUUUUCGCGUGUUUCAGGAAAUCAAAUUUGAAAAAUCGAGGGUUAGGCUGAGACGCCAUUUCGUUUCUAGCUUUGUUCGUUAAUUUUUCGAAUUCAAUCGCUCGUGAUCGCGAAGCGAAAUUUCGAAACGAACUCGAGAUUCUCGCAUGCUGCAUCGUCCAUGUGCGUUUAUCUUGCGCGGUUUAGUCUUUUUUUUUAUUUUUUUUCGUUCGCGAUUAGUGAAUCUCGAGCCUAUUUAAAUUUCAGCUGGCAUCGCGUCCGAAGAAGGAAGAUUGAAGAGACCCGACAAACUGUCACGCAGAGGGCCGCAACGAAUGUCUUCUCAUUUUUUGGAUCCCUUGUUCGGAUCCAAAAAAUGGGAAGUCAUUGUUACUAUUUUAUCACUGUGCUCGUUUUAGUAAUACAUAGUAAUCGUUGUUGUGUUGUCUGACUGAUUGCAUCAAUCAUCGUGGGGAUCGCGAUUUUUAAUUAGUGUUGCGAUUGAUUAAGAAUAGGAUUGAAUUAAAAUUUCGUUAAAGUGAGAGAAUCGCGAUUGUAUUAAUGUUGGGCUUUUUUUUUUAUUAUAAAUUGUUAUAAUUUCUUAUAAAAUAAUAUUAAAAUUUAUCAUUUAUCAUUAAAUUUUUUAACUAAUUGAUUGUAGCUUUUUUAAUCAUAUGUAACUAACUUUUAUUACAUUUUAUUUUAAAAUUAUUGUUUUGUUUUUAAAAGUAAUGUUGCGUUGAAAAAUAACCACGUUUGUUAAAUAGUUGCAAAUGUUAAAUGCCCAAAUUUCUUCCACUAGAAUUGUGGAAAAACAUAUCCCUGGAUCACUUGGUGUAGCUAAAAAUGCUACAUAAGUGACUGUUCAUCGACAGCAGUUAUAGGUAAAUAGUUUAUUUCAGAUAUGUUAAUUGACAGAAAACAGUAAAAAAAGGUAAGGAAAUAUAAUAUUUAAAUCUAUUGAAUUCUUUUAUAUUAAUCCAGUAAAUAUAAGUUUAAAGAAUCUAUUAUAAAAUUUUAUUAAUUAUUUUUAGUUUUUAAUUUGUUUCAGAGACUAUGUGAAUUCUUACUCUAUACAUACUCAUAAUCUAAUAGAUCCUGUUUCCUUUCUUUGAUUAUAUUAAGAUUUCUCUAGAUGGGAAUUCAUAAAUAAAUUUUUAGAUUUUUAAACAGAGACUAUGGUACAAUCAAAAUGGGAUCAAAUAAUUGAAGAAACUUUUAUUUCAUAUAAUAUCCUAUUCUCUUGAAAAUGUAUUGGAAUUAUUUUAUAGAUUUAAUUUUUCCGACGGUUUUCAAUAUAACUCUUUUUGUCUGUUUUGCACAAUGAUUAAAAAUUUGAACGUUUUACAAACAUGUAUCAGAAGAAGGAUUUACUUGAUGUUGAAUAAAUUUUUUCAUAAAAGGAUAGAUGGAAUCGUGAUUAAGUUACGAGCACGAUGAACGUCUGAAGUAACGAUGUUGCAAGAUUAAUUGUCAACAUGCGAGCGCUUCCGAUCCUGCUGAGCAUUCUUUUGGAAAUACAAUUCUACGUCACUGGGAGCCAGGCGGAGCAUCAACAAUCGUCGAGCGCCAACAACGAAGUGGCGAAGAGCUCCGCCGGAGAGGAUAAAGGCGAAGAUGUCAUCGAAGGCCCCAUCAGGGAAGUUCUUGCACAAAGCGGAAGCACCGCGAAUUUGCCGUGCAAAAUUACCGAACCAGGCGCUGGAACCAUCACAUGGAUGAAACGAAAGAACAGGCGGUUGUUAACCGUGGGCAAGAGCACCCACUCGGUCGACAAACGAUUCGUCGUGAUUCACUCGAGCAUCGAUUGGUUGCUGCAGAUACGAGCGGUUACCGUUCAGGAUGAGGGUAUAUACGAGUGUCAGAUUACGUCGCAUCCGGUGCAACGGAAUUUCGUGCGGUUGAAGAUCACGGAAGCGUACUCGAUCAUACCAGGCGCCCCCGAUUUGCACGUGAAGCAAGGCUCGAGCCUUCGAUUGGAGUGUCAACUGAAGGCCGCGGCGGAAUCGCCCCUCUACGUCUUCUGGUAUCGCCAAGGGCACAUGAUCAACUACGACGAGGAGCUAGGCGUGAAAGUCGAGCUGACCAAGAACGGAUCGAUCCUGAUGGUCAACAAAACGAAACCCUCGCAUGGCGGCAAUUACACUUGCACGCCGAGCAACGCCAAGCCUGCAUACGUGAUGGUUCACGUGAUCGAAGAGGAGGAGAAACCGGCGGCGAUGCACGGCGGAGACAGGAGGAAUCUUGGCCCGGCAAUUUUGGCGAGCAACUUUCUGGUGUCCCUCCUGGCGGCCGUCAGCUGGAGGAUACCGAGUUUCACCAGCCUUUACCCGACAUGAAUCGCCCUCCAACUUACGGCGCGGGGGAGGCGACUGGUGUGUUAGUCGUGCCGCCCCGCACCACCGCAAACCCGGUCCAUCUUCUUCCGCGAGGAUGAGUCGAACGAUCGGUCGGCCAUUCGGGACUCGUCUUUUCGCCUCCAACUCCCACGAUCGAUCCCACGAGGACGAUAUCCUUUCUUUCGAAUGCCGCCGCCAAACACGUUGGAACGUGUCGUCAUCGUCGUCAUCGUCGUCGUCGUCGUCGUCGUCGUCGUCACGUGUAUUAGUUCGCGUAUGAACACACGACGGAACGAAGCGAGGAUCUGGUGUGGCCGCCACUUUCGGCGGGGACCCUCUUUCGCGUACACCCGCCCGAUUCUUUUCAACCAUUCUCCGGGGAGAAAGAGACUCGCGUCCUCCCUAUUCUCGAGGGGGGAAUGCGACGUUCGAUCGCGAGGGAAGGAUUUUUACCCAGCCAGAGGUAUCCUUUUGUUUCAUUCCCUUCUGCCUUUUAUUCCACCCUCCUCCACGCCCUUUUAUCUCCUCCUAUUCUCUCUCCUAUUCGUCUCUGUGUUUCCUUCAUUAUCUCGCCGUUUCUUUGUCCCGCAGAAAUAGCCGAGAACGGUCGGAAUAAUUUUCUCUCUGGUUUCUGUGGAAUUGAUCUAGAAGUAUGCGGUAAGAUACGUUUCGCUUUAACUCACUCUCUCUCUCUCUUUCUCUCGGAAAUAGAAUGACGCGCGACGCGGAGCUCAUACGAACGACGCGAGUUUCCUCCUCCUUCUUUCCUCUUUUUGUCCUUUUCUUUGUAAAGGAAGAGAGGAUAGGGGAACCUGUCGAUUCGAGGAUCAUCUUCUACUCGUUUAGUAGUCUCUGUCGUCGUUGUGCGCGAUGAGUGAAGCGUUUCCUUCGUACAUACGCGCGUUAUACGUAUGCUAUGAAUGUACACUUAUACACGUACACGUAACUCUACACGAGAGGAAUGGGCGUAUUACGUACAAUACAUAUACAUACACACACACACAUACACAGGUAGCGUAUAAGUAACACUCUCUGGACUCGAGAUGAACGAGCACACGUUACGUUGUGUGACGUGAAAGUGGUUCUUCCUUCGAUCCUCUGUCGAAUCUCCGAUAUCGAGUGUUGGAGAUUUUUUUUUUUGAAAUAAAAUCGCGAAAGCUCUCUGUCCUCUUUGUGAUUUUUCGUGAAGUGAUCGUGAAGUGAAUCGAUUUUGCUGGAUAUAUACCCGUUAUCGGAGAUUCGUGACAGAUAUUCACGCGAUUCGCACGUUUAUCGCGUCCAUUGAAGUGAACGGAAUCAAUGUAAAUAUUACAUCCUUAAUUAUACAUUCAAUAAAACAUUAAUCGUAAAAA